ACCCAAAGACAACGACGCGUUACCAAACUCUUGCUGGACUUGACCACCGAAAUCUUGGAACGAGCUAGGCCUAGGGAAAUCCCCAAGUGCUCGCAAAUUAAAGUCGCAAGCCACACGGUGCGAGUGCGAUCACGAUCACGGACACUUCAAAGUCAGGCAACCACGAAUUCUUCUUCUCGCGUUCCAACCAUCCGAUCGGCGAGCAGCGGAGCAGCACCGAUCGAGCCCGCCAUGGCCGCCCACCUGCUGCUCGCGCUCCUCCUCGGCAUCCCUCUCCUCCUCUUCUUCGCCGCCACAAGGCGCCCGGCGGCGCCACGUGGCUCCGCCGACACCCGGCGGCUCCCGCCGGGCCCGUGGGCGCUGCCGGUCAUCGGCCACCUGCACCACCUCGCCGGCGCGCUCCCGCACCGCGCCCUGCGCGCCCUGGCGCGCCGCCAUGGCCCUCUCGUGAUGCUCCGCCUCGGCGAGCUCCCCGUCGUGGUGGCCUCUUCCCGGGACGCGGCCCGCGAGGUGAUGCGGACCCACGACGCCGCGUUCGCGUCGCGGCCGCUGAGCCCGAUGCAGGAGCUCGCGUACCGGGGCGCCCGGGGCGUCAUCUUCGCGCCCCACGGCGAGGGGUGGCGCCGCCUCCGCGGCAUCUGCGCGCUGGAGCUCCUCAGCGCCCGCCGCGUCCAGUCCUUCCGCCCCGUCCGCGAGGACGAGGCCGGCCGCCUGCUCCGCGCCGUCGCUGCGGCCGCGGCCGCGGGCUCCACGGUGAACCUCAGCGAGCGGCUGGCGGCGUACGUCGCCGACUCCACGGUGCGCGCUAUCAUCGGCAGCCGCUUCGAGCGCCGCGACGCGUACCUGCGGAUGCUGCAGGAGGGGCUCAAGAUCGUGCCCGGGAUGACCCUGCCGGACCUCUUCCCGUCCUCGCGCCUCGCGCGGCUCGUCAGCCGCGCCCCCGCCCAGAUCGAGCGCCACCGCCGCGGCAUGCAGCAGUUCAUCGACGACAUCAUCGCCGAGCACCGGGAGAGCAGGGCGUCCAGCGCCGGCAAGGACGGCGACGACGACGAGGACUUGCUCGACGUGCUGCUGAGACUCCAAAAGGAUGUCGACUCCCAGUACCCGCUGACCACCGACAACAUCAAGACCGUCAUGCUUGACAUGUUCGGCGCCGGCAGCGAGUCGUCGGCGACGGCACUGCAGUGGGCGAUGGCGGAGCUCAUGAGGAACCCAAUGGUGAUGCGGAAGGCCCAGGACGAGGUCCGGCGAGCGCUCGCCGGCCACGGCAACAAGGUGACCGAGGACAAGCUGGCCAACCUCCACUACCUCCCGCUCGUCAUCAAGGAGACGCUCCGGCUGCACCCGCCGGCGCCAUUGCUGCUGCCGCGCCGAUGCGGGAGCCCGUGCCAGGUGCUUGGGUUCGACGUGCCGGAAGGAGCCAUGGUGAUCGUGAACGCGUGGGCGAUCGGCCGGGACCCGGCGCACUGGGACGCGCCCGACGAGUUCGUGCCGGACAGGUUCGAGGGUGAUGCGAGAGACUUCAGAGGGACGGACUUCGAGUUCAUACCGUUCGGCGGCGGGCGGCGGAUGUGCCCGGGCAUCGCGUUCGGGCUGGCGCACAUCGAGCUGGCCCUGGCGGCGCUGCUGUUCCACUUCGACUGGGAGUUGCCGGGAGGGAUGGCGGCCGGGGAGCUCGACGUGCGCGAGAGCUUCGGGGUCACGGCUCAGCUGCGGUCUGACCUUGUGGUUGUCCCGGUACCUCGUGUCCCACUCUGUCCAUAGAGUAACCAACAAUGUGUAUCAGUGUUGUCCAGCAAUGUCUGAAUACUGGGUAAAACAAUUAAGCUGAGCGUAUUUUCCAAAUUGAAAUGUGUAUCAGUGUUGUACAACAUUUCGAGGCACUAAUUAGUAGUUCGACAUCCGGCCUGUCGAUGGCUUUGAUGUUGCAACCAA